UUACUAACUGAUUGAAGUACCGUUAAUCAGGUACUUUCCCGACAUAAAUGCAAAAAUAAAUCUGCUGUGAAUGAGGCCAGUAGGGGCAAGGCGCAUACAGUAUAGUCUGACCCUUUGAAGCAAAGUCAAGGGAGGCGGAGGGGAGGCUUGUCUUUCUGGCUUUUUUCCUCCUGGUUAACUAGACAUGUGAUUAGCAUUACUGUCUCCUACUUAGUUUGCCCUGCAGUCAGCCUGGUGUGCCUUCAGAGGAAAUACUGCCCAAGGGCUACUCUCAGACAACACCAAGGCCAGCAUCUGUCAACAACAUUCACAAUUAUGCCUGGCACCACAACAGGGAAGAAGCUGGAUCUUUCCAAGCUGACAGAUGAGGAGGCUAAACAUGUGUGGGAAGUUGUCCAGAGGGAUUUUGACCUGAGGAAGAAGGAGGAGGAUCGACUUGGGGAGCUGAAGACUAAGAUUGAGAAGGAAGACACCAAGAGAGAGUUGUUGGGGAACCAGACCAGCGUGACUGAGUCUCUCUGUAUUCGCUGUCUCCAACCAUUCAAGUUCCUGGUCAACAGCAAGCGUCAGUGUCUGGACUGCCAGCUGUACAUCUGCAAGUCUUGCAGCCGCUACAACAAGAAGGAGCAUGGCUGGGUGUGUGAUCCCUGUCGCAUGGCCAGGGUCCUCAAGAUCGGCACGUUGGAGUGGUACCACGAAAACGUCCGUGCCCGCUUCAAGCGUUUUGGCAGCGCCAAGGUGAUGCGAUCGCUCUUCAAGAGGUUGAGCGGGGAACACAGCUGCACUCAGAGUGACCUUGGAGAGCCACAUGAAUACGACACACAGAGCAUGCCUGAUGUCCACGUCCACACAGAUGGAUAUGAGGAGCACAGUAUGGAUGCAACAGAUUCACAACAAGGGAUAAAAAAAGCCAAAAGGCGGCUAACUGUCGAUCCCUUUGAUUUCGGACUGGGCUGUGACUACGCCGUCGAUUCCAGAAGACAGUCAAAUCAGGCUCCAGGCUCCAAUGACAGCAUGGUCAUGGAUGUAGCUGUGAGGGAGUCGAUGCUAGCUGAAGCAGACAUGGCCUCUGUUUUCCACCAGAUUUUGGAGGAGCAACGCAAAGAUGACCUUGUGUACUCAGACAGCCGAACUGUCCCGUCUCGCUCCGUCUCCCAGCUCAGCUACUCCUCAUGUGGCAGUGGUAGUGCAGGGGGACCGCGGGGCAGCAGCAGCUACCUGCCUGGCCCUGAUGACUCAGAGGAGGAGCACGACCACUUCCAGCCCUACCCUCUCUACCAGUCUCACCCAGGCCUUUGCAGCCACAUGUCUCAGGAGAGCCUGAACUCAGCGAACCCCCCACCACAGAUCACUGACCUGAACAGACGCAUGUCAGCCAUCGAGACCUUCCUGAACCGCUUAGAACAUAAGGUCACCUCAACAUAUGAUCAGGCAUCUCCAAACAGCAGCUCUCCUCUUCCUCAGUGGGAGGAAGUGGACCUAGAGGAGCAGCAGCUCAGGCAGAAGCUGCAUGAAAUGACGGACAACAUUAGUGACCACAGCCUCACCUCUGAUGAUGAGGACGAGCCCAGCAGGCCACAUUCCUCGCAGGAGAUCCCAGCGUGGAGGAGCCCAGAGGGGGACACCAAGCCUUCCAGACUACCGACCAGACCUACAUCCAGAACGAGCAUCGUGGUCUCCAGACUGGAGGAGGAGCAGCUGCACCAGACCGACUCUCAGAAGAUGAACGACACAACAGAAAGUGUGGAGUGGAAGUGGCACCCCCUGGAAGAGGGAUCAAAGGCGAGCUUCAGAGGCUCAACAGCUUUACUUGUGGAGUUAGAGGACCAGGUAGCUCAAGCAGCGGCCAACGUCCAGAACGCCCAGAGUGAGGUCUCCUACAUAGAGAACAGGAUUGCUGCUCUGAAUGCUGCCGGCAUGCCUGUGGAUAAAAGGAGAAAGUCUGCAAUCCCGAUCCAAGCAAGAAGACUUUCCCAGAACUUUCCCACAAACCAGGUGGACAGGUUUGCGAGGAACUCCCUCUACAGGGGCUCCCUGACGCAGAGGAACCCAGUGGCCACGCCCAAGACCAGGGCAACCUGUGCGAAACCAGUAAUGACACAGGGCUCAUGAAAAGGAGGCUGACCAUCAUGUGACCGAGCAGUUUUUCUUGUCACCACAUUUUGUUUAUUACAUUUUGUAAUAAACUAAAAAUUAAGUCUAGUUAAAUGGUUUAUUAUUUACAUUUUAGAGACUGUCAGCUGGAGUGGGACUGUUUCUAGUUUUAUUUUAUUUUUUAUUUAAAAAUGUGUCCCUUUCACAUUGUUACGUUAUUUUACCAUAUUUAUAGGAUGUGAUAGUUACACAUGAUAUGUAAUAACAGUGCUAGGAGUGCAUCUUAUAGGGUGUACAUAUGAUUUUAGAUUAAUUUAAACUUAUGUAAGUUGUUGCAUACACCUUGUGUGCAAAACAUUUACAUUUUCCAUAGUAAUCUGAUAUCCUUAUCUAUUUAUUCCAGUGUUCACACAGUGCAAAUGGAAACAUGAAAUGAAAAUGUUUCCAGAUUUAAGCAACAUGUUAAAAUCUGGCGUGCAGUUUUUCAUAGUUUGCCAGUCCAAAAACAGUACAAUGAUCAGUUUUAAAUACUUUUACAUUUUAUAUUAUUUGAUGCUUUGUUAUAUUUAGUUUAUGGAAACCCUGAAAGGCAAGUAGUUUUUUUUCAUCUGAAAUUGUUUUGCUCUGAGAGGAAAGUGAAAUUUUUUAUUUAUUACUUAUUUUAUUUUAUUUUAUUGUUGUUUAGUUUUUUGUCAGGAUUUUUUUUAAGGGGUUUAAGUAUUUUUUGUUUGUUUUGUGUAAUACUCAUUCUGGCCACAAGAGGCUGACGUGCACCACUAAGUCUAAAUAGGAUUGAAAGCUUUCAUGUUUCCAUCCAGGUGGUUUUUAAUUUCUCCAAGCACUCUCUAAACACAAGGUACAUACAAUGUAUGUAAAAAAUUGUACUUGCCUUUCAGAUCUUCCAUUUAAGUUUAUAUGUUUUUCAAAUAUUUAUUUAAAAAAACCCUUAUAAUUGGACAUAACAACAGGAAUUAUGUAAUAGUAUGAGCAGCAAGUUUAACUGUGCAUUAAGGUAUAUCAGCUGUAAUAAAAUGAUAAAAUGAGUGAAAAAUGAACAAUAAAAUGAACAGAAUAUAGAGACAUAUACAUGCAAUUGGGCGCCCUGGUAGUCUAAUGGUUCAGACACAUGACAACAUAACUGUAACAUAUAUGUUUUGCCAUUCGGCCAGGGUAAAUUUUUGCUGGUCAUACCCCACUCUCUCCCCAUGUUUCCUGUCUGUAUCUGUCAAAUAAAGGCAGUAAGGCACAAAUUGUUCUUUACAAAAAGAAAUAUAGUUAAAAUUGUUGUAUUGUGACAUAAUAUCAUAAUAUAUCCCCAUUAUAUUUGUGAAUUUGAUGCUUUUCUAUAUUUUUGUCCCAAAGAGAGAUCUAAAGAUUUAAAGUCUGUAAUGAGUGGGUUCUUAUUGAACUUGCAUCAUGGUGUGUUGUGACUUGGUAAUUUGCCUGAUAUUUAGCAAUAACAGAUGCACAGAAAAAAGAGCCAUCUAUUUUUCUUAUUGUUUUUCUGUUUCUUUAUUUGAAGAUGAUUCACUAAUGAUCUGACGGGUGACAAAUUAAAGGAAACUGCUGAAUAAAUUAUUGGAGAUAAAGAAAAUUGCAGAUGCUUCCAUACAGGCCACAAAGUGGUACUGAAUGGUUUGAUGAGGAUGACAGUGAUAUGAAUCAUAUCCUAUGGUCUUUGCAGACACGGCUUUUCCUUGAAUUAGUCAUUCAUCUGUAGAUUUUAAAUUCUAUUCUGUUUUGCUUUAUUCUCUGUUAUACAGUUUGAGAUCAGCAUUUGUACCACUGACGGAAAUUUACCACUUCAGUGCCGACACUGCUAAAUCACUGCUAAGCAGAUUGUUUCAAGCCUCUGUUUAAUUACACAUCUAAUUCUAAUCAUGCAAUAUUUUUUUUGUAUUAUUAGUCUUAUUAAAUUAUUUGCAAACUAAACUAAUAGUGUUUUUUUUUUCAUUGUACCUACUAAUGUAGUUUGAUUUUACAUCUAUAAGUUCACAAACAGCCUUUUCUCCAGUACAACUGAUUUGCUUUUGUUGCUUCUCCCUGUUGCAGAUCUGCAUUAUCUCACCGUAACCUGAACAAAUCUUGCUUUUGUUCUAGAUAAUGUUGACAUCUUCAUAUGCCAAUCACAUGACAGGCCUGUUGGUCCCUUGAAGCCACUGGAGAAACUGCAUCAGUGCGCACUGGAAUAAAGCUUUGAAGGUCCUUAACACAAGCUGUUAGGAAGUGGGACACUGCAGGAAAGCUAUUCCCUAAUACACAGAUAUUAAAGUAGAACUACACAACAUUUCCACAUUCAUAACAUGCAUUCAUGGUUUUGUUUUUAAUGAUGACUUUGGCAGGUGAAGUGCUGAUACAUCACGGCAGUGACUAAGUCUUAAUUAUUAGGAUAUUAAAAUUGCCAUGUUAAAGAUUUUCUCUGUUGUCCAACCACAAAAUAUCCACAGAGCUCUGUUGAGUUUCCAAAUCUCAACCAUGUCCGUUUUGGAUUAGGUGGUUCUAUUGGAGCCCUGUAACAAAAUCCUUGAAUCCAAAUGCAAAAGGGAUAUUUUCUGGAUCAAAUGUGUCAAUUUUCCAAUGUAAGUCUUGAGAGGUGGGUGACAUCAGCAUGUCAACUCAUCGCCGCCCCUCCAGCAGGAAUAUAAAGGGAUGGAGAUGAUAAACUGAAACCGACAGAGGUGCAUCCUCCUUAUAGUGCAGGUGAGAACUCAAUCACUGGCAACACUUUCCUUGUUUGUUGGUCACAUACAAUCAAUAAUUUGUUUUUUCCCCACUUAUUGGAAUUUAUCAUGUGCUGUCAAUUCACCUAGAAGAGGAGAAGGAUUUGAUCCGGCCAAGUCGUCGCUCCUGCACCUGCUCAGCUGCUUUGGCAUUUACCGGGAGAUAGUGAAGAAGCCAGUGAAGUUUGCUUCUGCGGCUCAGACAUCCUACAUUCAUUUUUGCUGAGACGUAAGUCUUCAUAUUUGUUCAAUAUUCUCGUGAUGUUUUUAAGUGAGUUGCAAAACCAGGUCAAGUAUAAUACAACAAUGAAUUCAAGUACAGCCAGAAAGUCAAUACAAAUAGUCUGCUGAGAUUAAGGGGAAAAAACUCUAUCAAAAGUGAUCUUUAAAAGCUUGAUUUAAAAUCCAGACUACACAAUCUGCAUGUUGUUUUCACCCUCAUCCGUGUUCUGCC